UGUCCCAUUCCACCUUCAGCCAUUUUGACAAUGUUGGGAGCUGUGGGACGCUGCUGCACCGGGGCUUUGCAGGCUCUGAAGCCCGGGGUAAAUACCCUGAAGGCUCUCAAUGGAUCACGAACAGCUCUUUAUUCUUGCCGGGACUAUGCCGCCCCAGCUGCCGCUGCUGCCAUCGCUAACGGCCGCAUCGUGGCGGUCAUCGGUGCCGUGGUGGACGUCCAGUUCGACGAGGGCCUGCCUCCCAUCCUGAACGCCCUGGAGGUGACCGACCGCGACACCAGGCUAGUGCUGGAGGUUGCUCAGCAUCUGGGUGAGAACACAGUGCGCACCAUUGCCAUGGAUGGUACGGAGGGUCUGGUGCGCGGACAGAAGGUUCUGGACACAGGGGCCCCAAUCAGGAUCCCUGUGGGUCCCGAGACGCUCGGCCGCAUCAUGAACGUCAUUGGGGAGCCCAUCGACGAGAGGGGCCCCAUCUCCACCAAACACACUGCCCCCAUUCACGCAGAGGCCCCUGAGUUCACAGACAUGAGUGUGGAGCAGGAGAUCCUGGUGACGGGCAUCAAGGUGGUAGAUCUGCUGGCUCCCUACGCCAAGGGAGGCAAAAUCGGUCUGUUCGGUGGUGCUGGAGUGGGCAAGACUGUGUUGAUCAUGGAGCUGAUUAACAACGUGGCCAAGGCUCAUGGUGGUUACUCGGUGUUCGCUGGUGUGGGAGAGAGGACCCGUGAGGGUAACGAUCUGUACCACGAGAUGAUUGAGUCCGGUGUCAUCAACCUGAAGGACACAACCUCCAAGGUGGCGCUGGUGUACGGUCAGAUGAACGAGCCCCCAGGCGCCCGUGCCCGUGUGGCCCUGACUGGACUGACCGUUGCCGAGUAUUUCCGUGACCAGGAGGGACAGGACGUGCUGCUCUUCAUCGACAACAUCUUCCGAUUCACACAGGCUGGCUCAGAGGUGUCUGCCUUGCUGGGUCGUAUCCCCUCUGCUGUGGGUUACCAGCCCACUCUGGCCACUGACAUGGGUACCAUGCAGGAGCGCAUUACCACCACCAAGAAAGGAUCCAUCACAUCUGUGCAGGCUAUCUAUGUGCCUGCUGACGACUUGACAGAUCCCGCCCCUGCCACCACCUUCGCUCACUUGGACGCCACAACUGUGUUGUCGCGUGCCAUUGCUGAGCUGGGUAUCUACCCCGCAGUGGAUCCCCUGGACUCAACGUCCCGUAUCAUGGACCCCAACAUCGUCGGAGCUGAGCACUACGAGAUCGCCCGUGGCGUGCAGAAGAUCCUCCAGGACUACAAGUCCCUUCAGGACAUCAUUGCUAUCCUGGGUAUGGAUGAGUUGUCUGAGGAGGACAAGCUGACUGUGGCCCGCGCCCGCAAGAUCCAGCGUUUCCUGUCCCAGCCCUUCCAGGUGGCCGAGGUCUUCACUGGCCAUAUGGGCAAACUGGUUCCCCUGAAGGAAACCAUCAAUGGCUUCAAGUCAAUCCUUGGAGGAGAGUACGAUGCUCUGCCCGAGCAGGCGUUCUACAUGGUGGGGCCAAUUGAGGAGGUUGUGCAGAAGGCCGAGAAACUGGCUGAGGAGCACUCGUAAACGAUUGUUUUGUCAAUACAUUGUGUAAAAAAAGAGAAGUGGGGGGGGAAGCACUUGGUUUGUACGCGUCACAUUCAGAUAAAAAAAAGCCCUGCAAAAGUUGUCCCUGUUAUCUGUCGAUUCUUUCAUCCGAUGAAAAGUUCUAUUUAAUGUUUCCAAUGACAAUAGUGGAAAUAAAGGUCUGUCUUACAACACCA